UAUAUUCCUGUAAAGCGGCGGGGAUGCGAGAGAGACGCCACAGCGGCGAGGAUCGGCCGCUCUGAGCCGGAGGAGUCAGCGGCAGAUGAUGCCCCAGUGUGAGAGCGCUUCCCGGGGAGACGAAGGAGAGGACGAGGGAGGAUGAAGAAGCGGGGAGAGAGCUCGAGAGCGGCAGAGGUGGAAUAUAAUGAAGUUGAGUGGGAAAGGACUGUGCACCGUCCUCUCCAGCACCCUCCUCUUCGUGUGCGCCCUGAGCGAAGUUGUGGUUGGAUUAAGAUGCGUCUCGCUGGGAUCUACGGUGAAGGCGCAUUUCCACCUUGGCACCGCGGCCGGGGCUUUUUACUCUGGGCUACUUGUGGGAGUCGGGCAGGUGCUGCUGGGCUCUGCACUGAUCUGUUGCGUGGACAGACCCGGCUGCAGGAAUUUCUUUCUCCUUGGUGUUGUGGUCUUCUUGCUGGGAGUCCUCACCGCCUUCUCCGGCGCGGUGGUGGACGGGGACACGGCGUCUCUGGUGGAAAGGAAAUAUUCCCAUUACUGCUUCCACUCUGUGUUUGUGAACCCUGCGUGCGAGCAGCUGAGGGAGUACCAGCGCAGUCUGGUCAUCUCCACGGUCCUCAGCACGCUGGAGUGUCUGCUCGGGCUCAUCAACCUGCUGACCAUCAAAAGGUACAAGGCAGCGCAGUUUUCUAGGAGCAGACAGUGUCAGAGGCAGAGGCAGAUCCUCUUCAGUGAGGAGCGGGACUGCUCCUCGGCGGAUUUUCAGCCAGUGUCUUACAUCAACCUGGGUGUUUUUAGUGUGUUUGAUGAGACAGGUGCAGAAGUGCACUGCGCGGGACACCCGUCUAUCGAGCUGCCCGGGUACGCACCCGCGGACCCGGAGCUCAACCACUGCUUCCCGUUCUCUUUCCCACUCCCCAGUGAACUGCCGCCCGCUUAUGAAGACAUUUUCCCCGCUGAGGCAUGCAACACAUAGCCGCCCUGGAGCUGGAGCAGCAGCAGCAGUGACAAUCAGUGACUUUAUGCUUUAACAGUCCCCUCUUCUCCUAUUCUUCCAACACCCUAACAUAUACAAUCAACUGUAGGUUACAUUCAGCAGCAUCAGUGGAUUUUACUUUACAUCCAAUUCUGAUAUUUACUUAUAGGCUUCAUCAUCUACUUAACAAUGUACAUCAUCAGCCAGACUGAUGUGGAGGAACAUAUGAAAGUGAUGCAGGUCCUCACAGAGCAGAGAAACAUCAAGGUCCAUAAACGAAACAGAUCGAUAAUAUAACAAGAGAACAAAGCAGAGAUUGUGUUUUGAAUGUUUGCUGUGAACAUUUUAACUUGUGAAUAAAAAGUGCAUUUAUCCUCA